AUAAAUGCAUGUUAUUUAACGGUUUAAUAAUCUUAGUCAUGCUAGUGAUAUGGUAAUUAUAAAAGUUGGUGGAAAACAUGCAUCUUAUUGAGUUAAAAACAGCAGUGUAUUGUGAAUCACAUGUGUGAUGAGUCAGGGCUUGAAGCGGUUUUCAGCAUCACAAUUUUCCAUGUAAGGCCUAUUCGUCACACUAUUUGCACAGCUUGGCUGAAGAACAACAACUAUGCAUGAUAUUUAAAAGAACGAGCAUUGUAAGGUGUUCAGUUAUUCACUGUUGGUUAAUGCGACGUAUAUUGUGAAUAGUUUGCUGCCUGUAAUAAAAUCUUGGCCAUAUAAUGGCUGUCACGACUGUUCUAAUAGUCGCUUCCUUGGUCGCCAUCGCUAGCGCUGGAUUUCCUGGCUUCCCAUGGCCUGACAACGACGAUGUAUUCCCACCACUUCCCGUACCGAUGUUCCGUUUCCCCCCUAUACCCAGACCCCGAUCAAUGAACGGAAUGCCCAAUUUUCCAAUGCCCUUCUUCCCACCGUUCCCGAAAUUCAAAUUUCCAAAAAUGCCGACAUAUGAGGAUAUAGCGAAUGCAAAGCCAGGUCAAGGAGGUACAUACACCGGUGUUGUCGUCAGCUCGAAGUCUGAAAUGAGGAGGGAUGAAGAAGGGAACCUGGUCAAAACAGGCGGUUCCACCAUCCUGAUCAACAAUGAUGGAAAUGUGAAGAUAGAAAAAUCCGGAGACUCGCCACCAGAACUAGCAACAAGAAAUAACGGGGAAGAUGACGAACAAAUAGAAAAUAAAAACGAAAAUACACAAAGCUCAGAGAGCAUAGAAAGCACAGAAUUCUUUGAAUUCGACGUCCCACAGCCCAAACCGCUUAAUCAUAAUAAUAGGUUCAAGAAAUUCGAAUUCAACUUCGAGCCACUAAACCCUGAGAGGCUCAAGAAAAUUGUACCUGGUGAAAAUGAAUACUUCAAAGGAAAAUCUGUCAGAAGCCACAGCCAUAGCUCCAAUGUUAAUGGCGUCGUUAAUCAAGAAGCCAGUGUUAUAAGAGUAGAAAAUGACAAUGGUAAAGUAAAUGAAGAAACUAUAUCGUUCCGUAAAGGCCCUGAGCGGUAAACCUUUUUUGUCGAUACUUUUUAAUAUAUUUUUUAGGUUUCACUUAGUUAUUUGAACCAGUGAUUAGUCAUGAACUAACUUUACCCGCAAACUGCAGAUUAAACAGUCGGCCGAUAGUUUUUUUUAUGUUUUUUGAUUCCAAUCAAAGUUUUCAGUCGUUCUGAUACCGGCUUAAUGCCUUAUCUUUGUAAUAUGCGUACCAUUCAUCGUCAUGCUGAUUUAUGAGCCCAAGGAAACUAUCGACCGACUGAAAGUCUACAGUGUAUGGUAAUACUAUUAUAAUGUAAUUAAUCGUAAUACAAGCAUAAUCAAUUAAUAAACUUUUUUUAAGUUUUGUAUUUAUGUAGUUAAGCAUUAUCAAAAAUUCUGUUGUGAAAUUGGAAAAGAAGUUGCAUUGAGAUUUUUUUAUGAAUUGCUUAAAGUUAUGGUGGAAUAAGACAACUUGCAUCUUCCAGUUUUGUAAAUACAAGUAAUUUUGAAUGUUAUUUCAAAUAUAUUCUGGCGAACUGCAUAAUCAUUAUUUUUGUAAUUUUAUUCUUGACUCCUAACUUUUUGUAAAUAAAUUCAAGUUUUAUUGUGUGUAAUUUAUUUGUAAAUUACUGUUAUUAUAUCAUUAGCAGUUUCUUCAAAAUUAAGAUAAAGGGAGCUUCUGGGGAACUGUGACGUUUGGGUAGUCGUAACAUAGGUACAUAUCAGUUUUUUAUAUAAUUUAAAAUAAGUGUAGGUAUUGAUAAUGAAUAAAUAACAUUACUUUC